GUGAUUUCGUAUCGUGAAGUGUCGUCGCAAUGCACAUUAGGCUAGGCCCGUAUGAAGAAGCCACAGUGCUGCAAGAGCAGUUGGACACUUUCGACCGGAUAGAAAUCGUGCACGAGCUGGAGCUCACAAACUGCGUGGUGGCGGACCCGGACGACCUUUGCCGGUGCAUAAUACGCUGCACGCAGCUGCGCAAGCUUUGCUGCCUCUCGUGCGGGAUAAGGGCGAGCGACCUCGUACGCUUCAUUCUACCGAAGCUCGCGCACUUGAGCCAUCUUGAGUGCACGCUAGACGAAAGUGCGGACAACGACGAGGCUUGGAGGGUUCGCGACGCGGUCCAGCACUCUGUCGGUUUCGCCAGGACACUUCAUCACCUGUACAUCGAAGUUGCGGACCUACUUCGCUUCCGAGUCCUCACCGACAUAAUGAAGAUAUGCCCGAGUGUGAUUGACCUACACGUCCACAUUCUGCGCGGGGAACUGAGUGCGGCGGUUGCCAGGAUGGAAAGUUUAUGGUGCCAUAUUCGAAGGACGGAAUGCUACAAGAUCACAUCUGAAGUGCCGCCAAGGGUGCAGCGCGAACCCUAUACCGAGAGGCCAUUGGAGGAUCUCCACUUCCGUGACUGCGCCAACGUCUGCGGCAACUUGCUUUUUCGUCGACAUCCGCCCUACAGAAACUGCACUCGCUUACGAGAUCUCGCGGUUUGUACCGAACCGCUGCACCCCACGGAUCCUGUGAUCGUGGUGAUCAAUAACGACGAUACGACGCCCGUGCAAAUGCAAAUACGCGAUGCGGGGCUGCGGAACCGCUGGUGUGACGUACGCAGCCUGUGUCUGGUCCUUGUAGGGGAAGACGUUCCUCACAUGGAAUUUGCACGCGCCGGCGGUGACUUCCAUAGCGGACUUGUGACCUUCUUCGGGUAUUUCAAGAGUGGGCCCGGCGGCAUUAAUCACCUGAAGGAAUUGAACAUGAGCUCGUUCCACUUCGAAGACGAAACAGAUUUCACGCAAGUACUGAGCGAAGCCGGGCUGACGACGCUUACGGCGCUGUGUGUCACACCGUGCGGCAUUUGGCACGAAGGGGCGCUGGAACGGCUGGCAACCACUUGCAUCGAGCUGGACGACCUCGACGUCCGUGCCUACAAUGAUUCUCGGAUGUGCUUACGCUGUUGGCAGCCCCUAGACCUAAGUCCCGCGGCCGCCAUACAAUUGAGCCUGAACAGAGGUCGGCUCACGUUUUGUAACGUGGUGGAUUUUGCUUCGCUGGAUUUCCUGAGAUACUGCCCUAGAAUUUCCGAGCUUCGCAUGGCUGGCAUGUGUCGUGAUCCGAUGACACGCAUAAAGAUCCUGGCUGAUAAGUUAGAUCAAAAUGUGUUGCUGCGCUGCCUCGUUCUCAGUUUCGACGGCAUGCUCUUCGACGAGGACAUGUGUGAGAGCUUGGAAAAGCUCGAAUGUCUGCGGUUCCUGUGCCUGCAAACGGCAAUUCGGCACGACAUAUCCGCCGUACGGAGCUUCAUUGAAAGGGUGACGUCGGACCACCCGUUGACGCUUGAAAUAGUACACCUGCAUUUCACGGACAACGAAAUGGGCUACCCGCAGCGAUACACGUGGGUGCGCGGGCCCGAGUCAGUCGAGCAACUUCGUCUGGGUGACGAGGCGCCUUCACCGGAUCCGCAAGAGCAGCAAGGCCGCGUGUUUACCGACAGACCAUGCGUGAUUUGUUCGACGGCGGCUUUCAUCGGGCUCGUGAAACCCCACAACCGAGGCUCCAGGACGCAAGUGUAGGCUGUCUCGCGGCGUUUCAGCAAUGCUAUGGGCACUUUCACCUGGUAGUAUCACUUUUGCGUACAAUAAACCGCUAAAUUCCUUUCUAACCAAGUUUUUAAAGCGAAACCUUAUAUUCGAACCCUCCGAGCCAUUGC